ACAAAUUCAGUCAGAGUAUAAUAAAUUAUAAAAUAACCUAAAGGCUAAAGCCAAGAGUGAGCACUGAGCUUGCUAGUUUAUAUACUAUUAAUUUCUCUGACCUCUCUGCGAAUCUUCAUAUCAAGUGUAUUAAAAGCUUAGCGAUUUCCAAAAGUUCUUUUGUGACAAUGUCCAUACCAGUGGAUUUAGAAUUAAAGAAAGCUUUCGGAGAACUACAAUUAAAAAUGCAAAGCACUAGGAAAAAGAUACACGUUAUCGAUGGUCAAAUUGAAGUUCUAAAAAAGGUAAUGAGGCAUGUUGAAGUACAAUCGGAUACACUGCCAGCUGACACAAAAGCCUACGAAUCCGUGGGAAGGAUGUUCCUUUUAACUGACAUAGAGGAGAUAAAAAGUAAUCUCGAGACUAAAGUUACCCAAUUGUCAACUCGUAUUUCUGAACUAGAAGAGAGCAAGCAGUAUUUAGAAAAAAACUUAAAAGAAAGCCAAAAUAACAUCAGAGAAAUGUUACAUCAGCGAAAAGUACUAAGCGAUAAGACCGCAUAACUGUAGUAUUCUCUUACCCAAUAAAUUGGUAUCUUCAAAGUAUUUUAUGAUUCUCUUAAUUUAGUUUUAUCCCCAUUUUUAAUGACAUCAGACGAAAAUGUAACAACAAUUAUUUAUUUGAAUCUAUUAUUUUCAUUCAUUCAUAAUAAUGCUUAAAUAUAUAAUGUAAUACUGCUCUUAAAGUUUUUAAUGCUGAUUGACUUACUACUGGACUAAUUAAUUAUUAAUAAACUUAUUUCAUUCUAUAA